CUCCCCUCCAUCGGAUUCGUUCAUUCUGGAAGCCUCCUCACAAUAUCAAGAUUUGAUUCAUUUCUUCCUCAACCUCCCAUCAGUUACUCUACGUACUCGUAGAUAGAUUGAGAGAGGUCGAUCUGAAUAGAGGCAUGGCGGCGUGUAGAGGUGGAGGCGCCAAGGACGUAGACCGGAUCAAGGGCCCCUGGAGCCCCGAGGAGGACGACGCGCUGCAGCGUCUGGUCGGCCGCCACGGCGCGCGCAACUGGUCCCUGAUCAGCAAGUCCAUCCCGGGGAGGUCCGGCAAGUCGUGCCGCCUCCGGUGGUGCAACCAACUCUCCCCGCAGGUGGAGCACCGCCCCUUCACCCCCGACGAGGACGACGCCAUCCUCCGCGCGCACGCCAGGUUCGGCAACAAGUGGGCCACCAUCGCACGGCUCCUCUCGGGGCGCACCGACAACGCCAUCAAGAACCACUGGAACUCCACCCUCAAGCGCAAGCACUCCGGCUCCUCUGCUGCAGAGGGGUCCCCUGUUCGUGACGAGGCCGACCGGCCGCUGAAGCGGACAAACAGCGACGGGAGCCACCCAGCGGGGCGCUGCUUCAGCCCCGGCAGCCCGUCCGGAUCCGACCUCAGCGACUCCAGCCACCAGAGCAUGCCCUCCGUCAUCGCGUCCUUGGCGACGCACGUUUACCGCCCCGUGGCGCGGGCCGGCGGGAUGGUCGUGCUCCCGACGACGCCCCUGCCGCAGCCAUCGUCUCCGCCUUCGCCGCCUCCUCCUCCGGCGACGUCUCUCUCGCUCUCCCUCUCCCUGCCCGGCUUGGAUCCCUGUGAGGCAACCCCGGUGGCGCAGCCAAUGCCGCCGCCGUGCAUGGCACCUCGUCAUCCUGUACAGCCCGCCGCUCCAGCGUGUCAGCAGAUGCCUCCGCCGCCCAUGCCGUUCCAGCUCCAGCCACGGCCCGCGGCGCCCUUCGACGGAGAGUUCCUGUCGAUGAUGCAGGAGAUGAUCCGGAUCGAGGUCCGGAACUACAUGUUCGGCCGCCCGCCGACAGCUUCCAGGUUGCCAAGCGCAUGAAGAGCAUGGCCAAGAUGGAGUAUAAACUCAAGCAUCACCAGCUCAUGAACAAGAUCAGUCUGCUCAACUGGGGAGAAUAUGUGGAAUGAGCAAGGAGAAGAAAAAGGCAGAUGAUGAAGGUGGGUGAUGGUCGAUGGAUCGAAGGUCUGUUAGUUC